AUGUCUUUUUGUGCAUCGUAUCAUAUGCCCGUGCAACGUCCUGCAUCGUGUGAUAAGGUCGACCGAAACUUAUCCAUACUUGGCGAUGACGCAACGGUGGUGCAAUACCGUAGGGUGCGACAAGGAUCACCAAUUGCAGAGAUGGCUGAUGAUGUAACAGUGGAUCCUUCAUUGCGGAAAAAGGUUAAAGAGCCGAUGGGACUUAAGACAUCACUCCAUCCACAGAAAGAGGUGUAUGGUUUAACCCAGUUGGAAGAUAUACAUAUAGACGAGGAGCCAUCGACGGCAAUGACCAGUAUAUCAAAGGUUAAAGAGCCGAUGGGACUUAAGACAUCACUCCAUCCACAGAAAGAGAUGUAUGGUUUAACCCAGUUGGAAGAUAUAAAUAUAUACGACGAGCCAUCGACGGCAAUGACCCGUAUAUCAAAGGUUAAAGAGCCGAUGGGACUUAAGACAUCACUCCAUCCACAGAAAGAGAUGUAUGGUUUAACCCAGUUGGAAGAUAUACAUAUAGACGAGGAGCCAUCGACGGCAAUGACCAGUAUAUCAAAGGUUAAAGAGCCGAUGGGACUUAAGACAUCACUCCAUCCACAGAAAGAGAUGUAUGGUUUAACCCAGUUGGAAGAUAUAAAUAUAUACGACGAGCCAUCGACGGCAAUGACCCGUAUAUCAAAGGUUAAAGAGCGGAUGGGACUUAAGACAUCACUCCAUCCACAGAAAGAGAUGUCUGGUUCAUCCCAGGUCAAAGAGCUAACAGAAGGAAACCUAAGAGGACAGUCACCUUUACAAGUCAAAUUGCCAAGCGAGUUGAAUGACGCCCUUUCCGACAUACGAAGACUACAUGUUUUUGAUCGUUAUGGAUGGUCUAGGUAUUAUAAACAACAUGGAAACAUCGAUCGUUACCAAAAGCUUAAACGUUUUACUACCAAGGUCUCUGAUAUUGAAUAUGGAAACGAAUAUCAUCAGCCUAUAUCUUGGAAUAUCGAUGACGAUGGAGCUUGGAUAGUAUUUGAAGAUGAAUUACCACUAGAUCUAAUAGAAAUGAUCUAUGCAUCGGUUCCAUUGUGUCAAAAAGUAGAACAUAUUACCACUGUCUUUGGCAAGCAUCGGGGUAUUCAUACGCGUGGAUCACAACCUUUCAUUCCAAUGAGAUCUGUCCUCUCCGUUUACCUUUACGUAUUUCCUGCAUCACCCCAUGAGUCAUUACAGAUCGUCAGUAGGUGUUUUCCAAAUGCAAAGAGUCUUGUGCUAGAUUGUGGAUUAGAAUGUUUAUUUGAAUUCACUUCCAGACACCACUCUGGCAUCCAGCUGUCUUCACUGAGAAGAUUAGAAUUUCGUAUCGUACAUUGCUACAAUACUCUUGACCUCUUUCUCAUGCUUUCUUCUUCCUGUCAAAACAUUGAGUCCCUCACUGUCACAAGCGAUGAUCCUCUCAAAUGGGAGAAGUCAAGGACAGCCACUACAGAAUGUAAAUUACCUAAUCUGACUGAUAUCCAUCUUGAAUCUCGUUGGUCUGACGAGCACUAUGCACUCCAAAUUAUAACAGACUUACUACACUUAGGUCGUAUGAUGAGUCCUAGUUUGAAAUUUGUCAAAGUAAAAAGUGUAGAGCUAGGAGAUGUAGUUAUGAAGAGUGCUGAAUGGUCCCGAACAUCAUCGGAUUGCGGGUUGCAGAUUCAAGGUGCGUCAGCUGAAGAGCUACUACUCCCAGAAGAGUUGCCUUUUGAAUGGCCAAGAUACGCAUUGCGAAAGUCAGCGGCUGUACCCAUAAUCGAGUUAGUCGAUAUUGCAACUAGUGAAUUUAAAGAGGUUACUGUCCUUACACUUGUCAGUUGCAAGAUUGAUUUCGGUCAGUCUGAAAGUAAGUCCCCGCAAAGCCCGAAGGAACUUGGUACACUGCGGGAAAUCAGGUUCGUUGGUUCAGAAAACCCACUUUCCGAAUCUGACAGGAACAAACUUUCGGAGUUGUAUCCUAAUGUCAAAGUGACUGAAAAACAGGAGAGUCAGGAAUCAUCUGAAGAAUCUCAGGAGGGUGCAGGGAUACCUUCCAAGUUGGAUAAGGUCUCCUCUCAACCACUCAAAACCUCUCCAAUAGUACCUGAUGAAGGAGAUGUCGAAACAACCAAGAAGGAGUGCUGCAAGAGAGUUGGAACUGAUGGUGGCAGAUUGGAGCUAGAGUCCUUUGGGAUUGAACUUGAGAUACCUCCUGGUGCAAUCGACAGCAAAGAGCCACAGGAAAUCUCUCUUCGUGUUCUGACCGAUACUCCUAAUCUUGGUGACACCAAAGAAGAGAUGUCAGUCUGCUUCGGCGUACAGUGCUUAGCUCCUGAUGACUUAGUCCUGAGGUCACCGGUGACUUACACAAUACCUCAUUGCGCUGUUGCAACACGGUACUCAAGCUUAGAGGCAGUCCUUUACACAGGAGAGGGAGAAUAUACACCGGUACUUGUGACAGAGACCAGUGAAAUAUACAAUUAA